UUCGCCGUGCGUAUGUGGGUGAUGCUCAGCCCCUGCAGGAACCCCGUAAACUGGCUGGCCACAAAUUGCUUACCGUUGUCGGUAUGGACGGUUUCUGGGACUCCAAAUGCCGAAAACACCUCCUCCUGCAGAAACCGGACCACUGCCGCCGCUGUUGCUUUUGGCAUCGCUCGCAACCACACGAAUUUGGACAGAUGGUCAAGAACAACCAGAAUGGUGGUAUUCCCUCUCCUGGACCUCGGAUACGGCCCCAGAAAAUCCAGAUACAGCCUCUGCAUUGGUCGGAGCGAUACGGUUUCGGCGCCCAUUACCGGCCUCGCUAAUUGCGUGCUGUGUUUUGUUGCUUUGCACGUUUCACAGCCGGCAACGUACCUCCUCACCUGUGCCACCAUCCCGGGCCAGAAAAAAAACUGCCUGAGCCGUUCUAUGGUCCUCUUCAUGCCCCCAUGCAUAGCCGCGUCGCUCUCAUGGGCCUGCUGUAUAAGGGCUGCGGACACAGGACGCGGUACCCAGAGCUUCCAGGAAAAUUCCUCUCGCUCGGGCCGCGUGAACUGCGCCCGCUUAUACAACAGCCCAUCCUCCACGCGUAAAUCCGGAAAUAGCUCCGCGUUCUCCCGCACUUGCUUCAGCCGCUCGGUAUACUCCGCACCUUCGAACUCGGUUGUCUCGAAAUCAAAAAAAUCAACUUCCUCCAGUUCGAAAGGCCGUGAGAGGGGCCAACGACCACCGCGCUAAUCGACCGUCCAACUCCUUCAAUGACAUCAGCCACCGCAGGCUGGCGUGAUCAGUCACCACCUUAAACGGCAUCAACUCAACGUACGGCCGGAAUCUUUCGACCGCUUUUACUGCAGCCAGGCAUUCCUUCUCGGUGACACUAUAGUUCAGCUGAGCGCCCCGAAGCUUCGCUGAAAAAAAAGCUAUCGGCCUUUCGGCCCCGU